AUCGGAAGCUGCUGCUCGGGCCCAGGGAGGUUGGGGGCCGCGGCUCAGGUUCCUGCAGGCGGCCGGGUGGCCUCCGGCUUCACGGAAGUGGAGUUAAAUCGAUCUCCGGCCUGAGGCGGCGGUGGCCUCGUGUUCGGGCCCCGGGGAGACAACGGCGCCUCCAGCACCAGCUCCGAGAAACAGCCGGAAGCAAACUCGAUACAAAGGUCUGGAGUCGAGGAUAAACUGGAAGCAGAGCUUCCGCAGAAACAGGAGGGUGAGUGACUGAAAGGCCAAGGAGUCAUGGCCCACAGAGCUGCCUCUGUUGCGAAGGCUCUGGCCUGUGUGGUGACCCUUCUGGUAUCAAAAGGCAGAGCUCAGCUGAAGCAAAGUUCCCGAUUUGGAAGUAAACCCUUUGUGACUGUGUGGAACGCACCAACGCAGGAUUGUAUUCGUCACUCAGUCAAUCUGGACCUCAGAAUGUUCGAUAUUAUUUCGUCUCCAAAUGAAGGCUUUUAUAACCAGAAUCUAACCAUCUUCUAUAAGGAAAGGCUGGGUAAAUACCCUUACUACCAGGGUCAGCAAGCAGUGAAUGGUGGUGUCCCACAGAACAGUAGCCUCCUGGAACACCUGACUGCGAUGGAGCGAGAUGUUGAGCGUUACAUGAGAUCCCAGACCACCAAGGGUCUGGCAGUGAUCGACUGGGAGGAGUGGAGGCCUCUCUGGAUUCGGAAUUGGAAGGACAAGGAGAUAUACCGUAAUAAUUCCCGGCGCCUGGUGUCUGAGAAACACCCGGAUUGGACCGAAACUCAAAUCAACAGAGAGGCCCAAUUUGAGUUUGAACAGUCAGCGCAGAGGUUCAUGGUUGAGACUCUGCGGAAGGCGAGAAACUUCCGGCCACACAGUUUGUGGGGUUUCUACCUUUUCCCUGACUGCUACAAUCACGACUAUAAGAAUAACAUGGCCAAUUAUACAGGCCGCUGCCCGGAUGUGGAGAUAUCCCGAAAUGAGCUGCUGAGCUGGCUGUGGACCAACAGUACAGCAAUCUUCCCCUCCAUCUAUCUGGAUUCGAUGCUGCGCUCCAGCAGCGGUGCCACCAGGUUUGUGCGCUCAAGGAUCAAGGAGGCUGUGCGAGUGUCUGAGCUGCACAGUGUCAACUUCUCACUACCUGUGUUUGUGUACUCACGGCCUACUUACAGUUACACCUUUGACCUGCUAACCCAGCGGGAUCUGCUCACAACCAUUGGAGAGACAGCAGCCCUGGGAGCAGCUGGAAUCAUUUUCUGGGGUGAUGCAGAUUACAGUAACAGUGAGACUCGCUGUAAGAUAUUGAGGAGAUACCUGGAAGGGGAUUUCGGUCGCUACAUACUGAAUGUGACAAUGGCAGCACAGUACUGCAGCCAAGCGUUGUGCCAGAGCCAGGGUCGCUGUGAACGGAGGGACAGUCAAUCUGAUACUUACCUUCACCUCAAUGCAAACAGUUUCCAGAUCCUGGAGCAGAAUGUGACUGAAGGACCCAAGCUGCUGUUGACUGGAUCCUUGAGACCUGAUGACGUCAGGCACUUUAAGGAGAACUUCCAGUGUCGUUGUUAUCGGGGUUGGACAGGUCAAAGCUGCAGCACUGAGACCAGCAACAGCCAGCUCCCUCUGCCUUCUACUCUGAGUCUCAUCAUAACAGUGCUGCUCUCUGUGACAGUUUAAUAAUGAAGCACUUGCUCUUUUCAAACCAGGAUUGAUGUUUCUCAGAGAGGAAUUUGUUAACAAAGUAUUUUUGCCAUUCGUAUGAUCAAAAGCUCCUGAACCUUUCUAAAUGGGAGCAUUAUUUUUUAAGAUAUUGAAUUGUGUAAAGAGACAUUGUUUGUUUGUUUGCCGGUGAACAAUUUCUGGGAUUUUUCCUGAUAUUUAUUGGAAAAGCAGCAGAGGUGGGUGUGAAGUGUGGGAAAG